GUAAUACAAGUCUAUAAUCCAAACAUUUGUAAAACAUCUGACAUAGCGUUAGAAACAUUAUAGUCUCCAUAGAUUUAAUUACCAAAUAUAUUGCAUUCAAUAUAUUAAUACUAAUAAAUAAAAUAAUGUCUUAUUUAAUUGUUGCCAAAAAUGAUAUCAAAUUAUUUAUAACGAGAGCUAUGGUCGCCGUUGGCACCAAUGCAUCGCACGCCGACAUAUUAGCCGACGUAUUGAUUGCCGGUGACUAUAGGGGACACUUCAGUCAUGGACUCAACAGAUUAGAUCUCUAUUUGGAGGAUAUUAAGGGCAAGUCGUGUAAAGCCGACGGACAGCCAAUCAUUUUGAAUGAAUCCGCGGCUACCGCUUGGGUUGACGGCAACAAUCUGUUGGGUCCCGUUGUCGGCAAGUUCUGUAUGGAGUUAGCCAUAAAAAAAGCUAAAGAAGCCGGUAUUGGAUGGGUUGUCGCUAAAGGAAGUAAUCAUUUCGGAAUCGCUGGUUAUUACAGUUUGUUAGCCAUGAAUGAAAACAUGAUUGGAAUGGCAUUCACAAAUGCAUCACCACUUGUGGCYACAACUCGUGGAAAAGAGCCAUUCUUUGGUACCAAUCCUUUGACAGUGGCAGCACCGGCUAAUAAUGGGGACAGUUUUGUUUUGGAUAUGGCAACAUCAGUAGUAGCAUUGGGUAAAGUUGAAUUAGCUGAUAGAAAAGAUGAAUCAAUUCCAGACAACUGGGCCAUCGAUAAGAACGGUCAACAAAUAACUGAUCCCAAGAAUCUAAAUGCAUUGUUGCCAUUAGGAGGACCUGAAAAAUCUAGUGGAUAUAAGGGUUACGGCUUAGCUAUGAUGGUUGAACUCUUUACUGCCAUACUUUCUGGAUCAGCUGUUGCACCAAAUGUAAGAAAAUGGUCAGAUAAUCACACGACUGCUAAUUUGGGUCAAUGUUUUGUGGCAAUAAAUCCCGAAAUGUUUGCUCCGGGAUUUACCGACAGAAUGUCCAAUUUAAUAGAUCACUGUCGCAAUCAAGAGCCAGUUGAUGGCCAGCCUAAUGUAUUAGUUGCUGGCGAUCCUGAAAGAGAAAACAUGAGAAAAUGUGAUGAACAGGGAGGCAUAGCCUACCACAUCAAUCAAAUAACAUUUGCUAAUGGUAUCGCAUCUCAACUUAACAUUGAACCACCAAAAGUACACAGCGAUUAA